AGCCGCGCAAACUCGGACUCAGCGGUGCCGCUGAAGCGGGAUAGGAUCUUUGCCGAUUCGGAGGUGACCCUAUUUUGAGAAGGCACUACGACGCUCAAUCUGCCGCGGAAGUUCUUGUCGAUGCCGCUGGAAGACGAACUCAUGCAACGAGCACGCAGGAGUGUCGCAGAACAAAGGCGGCAAAAUCCCCUUGCCGAACAGGCGGCUUGGCCAUGUCCUGCAGGACAGAAGGGCCAGAGGCUUGUGCCUCCUGAGGUUGCUGGACCCAAGUCUUUUGGAAAGGGACUCCAAGCUGAGGUGUCUCCUAGUGUCCAGCUGGCAAAGCUUGCCGAGAUCUUCCGCUUGCUAGGGCAACAGGACCAGGCUCGUGCCGUGGUGCCUGAACACAGCCUGACUUAUGAGCAACAGACUUUGCUCUCGCACUUGGCUUGCGAGCAGGUUGACAAAUGGUUGCAGGAGCAACGCGCGCACUUACAGCAGCUACGCCAGAUGCAGCAGCUCCAACAAAUGCAGCGCCAGAUGCAAGAGCUCCAGCCAAAGCUACAGCAAAUGCAAGAGAUGGUGAAUUGCUUCAUGAGCGCGGCCUACGUGGCCCAGCAGGCCCCACAGCUAUCACAGCUAUCGCAGCUGUCGCAACUGUCGCAGCAGCUGUCGCAGCAGCUAUCGCCGUUGACUUCGAUGCCAGCGUACGUCCAUCCUCCUGCGCCUGGCUUGGACUGGCCAGGGAUGCCAGACGUAUUUCCAAACAGCUUCGAAUCUUUGCCAACUUCGACUUAUUGCCCACCAAUGCCAACCGGCUCUGCCGUUCCGGCACCAGCCAUGGCAGGUGAUAUGAUUCCCAGUGGCAAUUCAAUGGACAUGAUACAUUCGGCCCGUGCUGCAAACCGUGCAAUGCAUGUCCAGAAGAAGAGCAAGGGAGGCUGGCUCAACGAGAACGAGGAAGCAGCUCAGUCCUCAUCUCCACCAUCAAGCUCUACGGAAAAGACGAGUCUUCAUUCGGACAAGAAGAGCACCUUGGGGAUGCAUCUUACGCAGCUGCAGAGUGAAGACCCGAAGUGCGUCUUCAUUGCGCGACGCAUCAAUGGCAUGGGAUUCCAGUCCAAGGACGUGCUGAGUGCUCACUACGAGCAGUAUGGCAAGGUCUUAAAGGUUCUGGUGGCCCACUCCAAGGUGAAGCCGUUUCGCAGACAGGGCGCACAGUCUCGAAUCAGACCUGGCAGUUUGGGCUUCAUCGUCAUGGACUCUCCUCACAGCGUGGAGAAGAUUCUGGCGGUUGGAGCAAAUCAAACUGUCGCUGGAUAUAACAUUAGUGUCGAGCGAUUCGAGAAGAUUGCAAAGCCCCUAGAUGCGAAACCCCAAUCCACAGCCGGGGAUUCAACAACGCACGGCUCAACAACCACAGGAUCAGGUUCUGGAGGAGGUUCUGGUUCUGACAAAAGUUCGGCUGGCAGUGCUAACGGCCAUGGCGAUUCCAACGGCUCGGACAAGAGCUCCGCUGGUGCCAAUGGUCUUGGUGAGAGUGGAUCUGGAGGUUCAGAAGAAGGUUCUGACAAAGGAAAUGGCUUCUCAGCAGAUGGCUCGCAGCAGAAGGCGGAGGGAAGCUCCGAAGACUCAAACGGUGGAGAUGCUGAUUCGCAGUCUGAAUCCAGCAAUCGAGCUACGCCUGGAAGCCAAGUGCGUGUGAGCUGGAAGUGUUUUCUACAGAUGCCGAAAGUGGCGCUUAGGUCUCCCGGCACGGGCAGAAAGAAGGAGGCACUCGAAGAAGGAGUGCUGCCCGGUGAAUCUGAGAAGACGGAUAGCUGAUGCUUGGCAAUUGAGCGCACGCUCAUGAACUGGUAGCAUAACGCUCUCGGUUCAUCAAGGGCUGGAUGCCCUGGCAAAGUGCCACUUGCGCAACAGAUCCUUUCGAGAUUGUGCUGGAGCUGACCAGUCGUACAGUCGUGAAAUCAGAAAAUCCAGUCUGCUUGCAAGCCUGUGAUGCCCCUUGUCGUUAUUGUACAGGUCAUGCGCCAGAUUUGUCAAGGCUGUUAAAUGCGCACUUUUUUCGGUGUCAUAGGCCAGCAGACGCUGCGCUGGAGCGCCAGCUGUUGCUCCCUUUACUGGUCCUUUCAAUGGCAGCAAAGGGAAAGCUCAGCUACUCAAAGUUCCACUGUCCCGGGCCCAACUCCCAUGAGGCCAAAUUUGCCAACC